GGUUAACUGUGUGCUGUUUCACAGUAUGCUGUCGCCACCGUACUAUGUCCACAGUCUCUGGUCAUCUCCUGUACUAUGUCUGCAGUCUCUGGUCAUCUCCUGUACUAUGUCCGCAGUCUCUGGUCUUCUCCUGUACUGUGUCCGCAGUCUCUGGUCAUCUCCUGUACUAUGUCCGCAGUCUCUGGUCAUCUCCUGUACUAUGUCCGCAGUCUCUGUCAUCUCCUGUACUGUGUCCGCAGUCUCUGGUCAUCUCCUGUACUGUGUCUGCAGUCUCUGGUCAUCUCCUGUACUGUGUCCGCAGUCUCUGGUCAUCUCCUGUACUAUGUCCGCAGUCUCUGAUCAUCUCCUGUACUAUGUCCGCAGUCUCUGAUCAUCUCCUGUACUAUGUCCGCAGUCUCUAGUCAUCUCCUGUACUAUGUCCGCUGUC